UGGUAUUGCAGAAACGAAAGAUCAUUGAGGAGGUGACGCAGAUCAUCUGCAUCUGUAUGAAUCUCUGAAAAAAAAAAAUCAAAAAACAGGCAAAUGGGUGUCAGAGAAUUGGGAUUUUCUAUUAUCUUAUUCAUGCUUCUUCUUCAUUCUGUGUCCCCUUCUCGAGUUCAGAAGAGCUUGACUUCAGAAUUGAUGCAGAAAAGCAAGGUAGAAGAAGACAGACAUGUUUAUGGAGGAAGUAAGAUAGAAGGAGGAGGCAUUGGUCAUGGGGGUACAAGUGGUGGCAGAGUACCCAGCAAUGGUGAAAAUGGUAAUACACACGGAGGUGGUGCAGCAGUCAUCCCUGUUUAUGCAGCCGGUGCCGCCAACCAUCAUCACAACCACCGUGGAGCUGCCACCGGCAACCUUAAAAGACUCGGGUUUCCUACUUUGAUUAUGAUGGUCAUGGGGGUCUUUACUCUUGUACAGUUAUGUUUGUUCACAUAGAAAACGAAAGCUAUUGGCGAAAGUUAUUUGGUUUCUCAAACCUUUUUGGUUCUUCAGAGUUUUUUUUUUUUUUUUUACUCCAAAAUGUUUUACUGUGUCAAUGUACUUCAAUGUGGUGUGUCUGGUUUGGGAUGUAUCUGCUUAAUUUUAUUUUUUUUGGGAAUUAAAGGCAACGCAAAACGCCAAAAAAA